AGAGAAAGUGCAAGGAAGAAAACUGUGUGACAUCUUGUAUGUACAAGCCAGUUUUCCAUAAUCACAUUGUGGAUUUUCCAUGGAAGACGUUCAGUCCCCAGCAGUCUUUGUUGGGAUGCACACAAAGCGCGCAUGAAGCCCAUCAUGUAGCAAGUCAGGGGAAAGGGAUGCUGCGUGCUGUCUGGCUGCCCUUCCUAGGGAGGUGUGGAUUCUAGAACAGACUUCACUAUGUUUCUCUCUCCUUUUGUAUCCUUACCUUGAUGGUAAUAGGAACAAUUUAUAUUCAUACAUAUACUCCUCAGGUUCCUUUUUAUUUCCUUUUUAUUGCUAGUUUUGACACCUACGUGUCUGUUUUUUUCUGUUACUGGGCAGCUGGAGCCACCUGACCUGGCACUAACAUAGGACCCCUCACAGCUGAGCUUAGUUAUCCCUCUCUAAGCCAUAGUUUAAGGACAAACUAAAUAUAUUUUUUUGUGGUAAAAUAUACAUAAUGUAAAAUUAACCAUUUUAGCCAAUUUUAAGUCUGCAGUCCAGUGGCAUUAAGUACAUUGAUGUUAUUGUGAAUGCACUUAACCAUCACCAGCAUCCAUCUCCAGAACUUUUCAUCCUCCCAAAUUGAAACUCUGUACUCAUUUAACAAUAACUCUCCAUUCUCCCUUCUCCCCCAGGUCCCUGGUAGCCACCAAUUUUUCUGUCUCCUUGAAUUUGACUACUAGGUACCUCAUAUAAGUGGAAUCAUAUAAUAAUUUGUCCUUUUGUGUUUGGCUUAUUUCGCUUAGCAUGUCUUCAAGCUUUAUUCAUGUUGCGUUGUAACAUAUAUCAGAAUUUCUUUCCUUUUCAGGCUGAAUCAUAUCCCAUCAUAUGUAUGAAAUUUGGUGAGCGGCCUCCACCUAAACGACUUACUAGGGAAGCUAUGCGAAAUUAUUUAAAAGAGCGAGGGGAUCAAACAGUACUUAUUCUUCAUGCAAAAGUUGCACAGAAGUCAUAUGGAAAUGAAAAAAGGCAUCUGUUGAACAAUUGGAGGACGGGACCAACACUAGACCUGCAUGCCCAUAGUUCAGCCACGUUUUUUUGCCCUCCUCCUUGUGUGUAUCUUAUGGGCAGUGGAUGGAAGAAAAAAAAAGAACAAAUGGAACGCGAUGGUUGUUCUGAACAAGAGUCUCAACCGUGUGCAUUUAUUGGGAUAGGAAAUAGUGACCAAGAAAUGCAGCAGCUAAACUUGGAAGGAAAGAACUAUUGCACAGCCAAAACAUUGUACAUAUCUGAUUCAGACAAGCGAAAGCACUUCAUGUUGUCUGUAAAGAUGUUCUAUGGCAACAGUGAUGACAUUGGUGUGUUCCUCAGCAAGCGGAUAAAAGUCAUCUCCAAACCUUCCAAAAAGAAGCAGUCAUUGAAAAAUGCUGACUUAUGCAUUGCCUCAGGAACAAAGGUGGCUCUGUUUAAUCGACUACGAUCCCAGACAGUUAGUACCAGAUACUUGCAUGUAGAAGGAGGUAAUUUUCAUGCCAGUUCACAGCAGUGGGGAGCAUUUUUUAUUCAUCUCUUGGAUGAUGAUGAAUCAGAAGGAGAAGAAUUCACAGUCCGAGAUGGCUACAUCCAUUAUGGACAAACAGUCAAACUUGUGUGCUCAGUUACUGGCAUGGCACUACCAAGAUUGAUAAUUAGGAAAGUUGAUAAGCAGACCGCAUUAUUGGAUGCAGAUGAUCCUGUGUCGCAACUCCAUAAAUGUGCAUUUUACCUUAAGGAUACAGAAAGAAUGUACUUGUGCCUUUCUCAAGAAAGAAUAAUUCAAUUUCAGGCCACUCCAUGUCCAAAAGAACCAAAUAAAGAGAUGAUAAAUGAUGGCGCUUCCUGGACAAUCAUUAGCACAGAUAAGGCAGAGUAUACAUUUUACGAGGGAAUGGGCCCUGUCCUUGCCCCAGUCACACCUGUGCCUGUCGUAGAGAGCCUUCAGUUGAAUGGCGGUGGGGACGUAGCAAUGCUUGAACUUACAGGACAGAAUUUCACUCCAAAUUUACGAGUGUGGUUUGGGGAUGUAGAAGCUGAAACUAUGUACAGGUGUGGAGAGAGUAUGCUCUGUGUCGUCCCAGACAUUUCUGCAUUCCGAGAAGGUUGGAGAUGGGUCCGGCAACCAGUCCAGGUUCCAGUAACUUUGGUCCGAAAUGAUGGAAUCAUUUAUUCCACCAGCCUUACCUUUACCUACACACCAGAACCAGGGCCGCGGCCACAUUGCAGUGCAGCAGGAGCAAUCCUUCGAGCCAAUUCAAGCCAGGUGACCCCUAAUGAAUCAAACACAAACAGCGAGGGAAGUUACACAAACGCCAGCACAAAUUCAACCAGUGUCACAUCAUCUACAGCCACAGUGGUAUCCUAACUACCGUCUUUUUGCUAGGACUUAAACUGACUUGAGUGUGGCAAAAAGUCAAAAAAGGAGAAAAAAUGAACAAUCUUUUGUGGUUUCUUGGGAACUUUUCAUACCAGGUGAUACUAUUCAAAAACCCCGUUAUCUCUCUGCAAGUGCUCAUUUGAAAUGCAGAAGCCACAGUUUAAAAAAAAAAAAAAAAAAAAAAAGUCAAAAUGUACAAACUAUUGGAAAUCAAGUUUUUCAGCUGUUUGGUUGGUUGGUUGGUUGGUUUUUGUUUGGUUUUGUUUAAAUGGGCAAGAAGUAAAUAAUGUGGCUGGAAUACAAGUUGAACAAACUAGAAGACACAAAUCUAACACAGUUUUUAUGGACCAAGGAACUUGUAUAUUGUAUAAGCUUUAGUAAAAGGUACAUUUUCACCAUACCUUUUUUUAUAUCACGGUAUUAUAGUACACCUUGUUACCAAAUAGGUUGUUCUCUUCCCCACUUACCUUUGAGCUUUUGCUCUAAAAUACAUUCAGGUUCCAAGCCUGACCGUGCUUGUUUAAUCUAAUUGUCAUACUCUUCCAGGUUUCUUUUUUGGUCUAGGCUGGAACUUUUUUCUUUUAUUUUCAGCUGAAGUCUUAUGACUUUUCGUGAGUCAAAAUUGUUUGGAUUUCAGCAAGUCAAAUCUUGUAAAGGCCUAUGUAUUUUUUUUUAAGAUUAUAUGAAGUCUGUGCAAAAGCUUUAAAAAAAAAAUGCCUCUGCCUUGCCUGCAAUACAUGCAAUGUAUGUUAACUUAGUCUCUCUUCUCAGACACUGUUGGUAGUAAUUUCUGUGUGUUCCUUUUUUUUUUUUUUUUAAAUGGACUUAUAGUGGUUAUCCAAGAGGUUCUAACAUUCACAUGCAAUUUGGUGUGGCCAUUUAGCCAUUAAUGAGUUAAUGGCACAGAACAUGUUGAUAUUUGAAGUGUUUUCUCCCCUUUUCCCAUAACGUAAAUACAUAAUGUGUGUUCCAGGAUUUGUUCAGGUUUUUCCCCCCUCCUAAUCUUGUACAUAACUUGUAUUAUGUGUAAGUUAAACAUUUUAUUUUGAACUUGGAAUGUUCCCAGUGAUUUCAUUCAGCAGAGUAUUUUCUGCCUUGUUGGCAAGUGACAAAAAAUAUGGGAAGUAUUUGCUACCAGUUGGUAGAUGGUGCCCUUAUGGUAGAAUGAGGAAAAUGUCAGCAAAAGCAUGUUUUAUUAUCUUUACUUUUUUGGGGGGGGUUGAAGGGGGUAGCUAGCCAGAACAUCAUUGUAAUCUUAAAACAUAAGAUGCUUUUAUUAGAUGAUCAACUAAAAUAGCUGGAAGACAGUACUUUAGAAACAGAUAGUUGUAAGGUUAUAAAAUGCAAAUGUAACUUAUGUUUUCAUUUUUUUCUCUGCCUUUUUUGUUUGUUUUCUCUUUUCCAGACUGAGCAUCUCCACAAACAUCUCCUAACUCAGAAAAUGUUUCUUUUCUUUUCAGUUGAGAUUUGGUUGCAUUCAGGGUUGUAUGUUGGCCUUGCAUGCUAAACCCGCCAGUUUUACCUUGCUUUCAUUCCUGAACUUUGGUUAUGCUUUUGUUUGGUUUCUUCGAAAUUGCAGCAGACUCAUUGGGCUACAUUUAGUACAGGAAUCACAUAUGUAAUGUUAUACGACACAGUCUAGUAAUACAAUCAUCCCUCUUAGAGUAAAAACUACCUCUAGAUUGUGGUAAGCUUUUACUGUCCCAUAAAACAGGAGCCACAGUACCUUAUGAAUGCAAAACUGUAACUUCCUACAGUGUUUCCCUACAGAACAUUGUCUUUCUGGUGUCCUGGGCUGUUUUGAAAAAGUUUCCAUUAAUAGACUUUUUAGAAAUUAUUAUUAGUAGCAUUUUUUUUUUCAGCUUCGCUGUCUUCAUCACUCACUCUAUGCUCAGACUAUGCCACUGUAAAUAUUCUUCCUAACAUCUUUAAAUCGCCUUUUCCUCAGUUUUCAAGGGGAAAGUCAUUUGUAAAGCACGUUAGGUGAUUAAAUCAGUUAUUGCAGUUUUCUUUUACUGCAAGCCUUUUUAAUCACCCCCAGGCUGCAUUUUAUUCUGUAUCGCCUUUUUUCUUCAAAUCUGCUCCAGUCACUCACAUCUCUCUUAUAAGCUAAUCCUGCCUCACACCUUAAAUCUGUUUCAGUGAUCAAGGGCAGAACUCAUUGUGGCCUUAUCUUUCUUUGUUGUAACUGUUCACCGUCUCUUUCUUACAGACCGCUUAUUUCUGAGUAAUAGUUAUUCCUCUCUGUGGAGUCAUGGCAGGAGUCCUUACACAGUGCUUUUGUUCAGAGCAUGGACAUGUUUCUAGUGCUGCUUUGCUUUAACGGCCACAAGUUUCCUCCACUUCCUAGGUUUGGUAUUUAGUUAAGGAAUCAUAUUAAAUUAACCAAUAACAAAAGAGAUACUUUUGAAGAACAAACUAUUCCUUACCCAUUUUUGUAGCUCAAAAAUAAUUUUUCAAGUUCAUGACUUUGUUAAAAUGAACUUGUGCUUUUUUAACAAACGUGUGUUUUAUUUUUAUUGUUUCUUUCCAUAAGAUAAUUGAAAUAUUAUACUGUAAACCCUUCUCUCUCUCUCUCUCUCUCUUUUUUUGAAAAGUCCAAGAAUCUACUUUUACAGGCAUUUUUCCCCACCUAUUUUUGGCCAUUCUUAUACCACAGACUAAAAAGUGAAACGAUUUGUCCAUUGUAGCUUUUUGUUUAUCAGUGGUUUUUUUGUCAGCUGCUUAAAUUUUUUCUUUCAUGGUUUUGUGAAUCAUUUUCAGUAUGAUAAUUUAUAGGAACCUUGUCCUCUGGUUAUAGUAGACUGUGUCCCCUCCUCCAGUGAUGGCAUUAUUAGACAUGCUGAUCAUUUACCCGCAGAAAGACUCUCUUCUUAGAAUGGUGAGUGCUUCAGUUAUAGUAUAAUUUUUAAAAAUUCUGUUAUAGAAAUGUAUCUUAUGCUUUCAUGACUUUAUGCAAUUUCUAAACAUACACAUAGAAGCUGAGUCUCUGAUCCAAUAUGUUUUUAUUUGUUCCAUUUAAUUUAUCACAUAGAUUGAGAAGGCAAGCUAAAAGCUUUAAAAAUGCCCUUUAUAUUUUGAGUGAUUUCAGAGUUGAACACUAGUAUGCUAUCUAAAUUUGCUGCUCAUUUCUUUAAACUGUGGCAAUUAAAGGCAUUCUUAUACAUGACUUAAUCGUGAAAUGUUUGUCACUUUUACUGCACAGACUUAUCUGCAAUCAUAACUGGUUAGUUUUUUUUGUUUUGUUGUUUUUAAUGAAACUGGUACCAUCUGUGCUUUCACAAAAAACUUCCAAUGCCGUUUUUGAGAACUAACCUAACUAGUCUUGCUAACCAGAAAAUCCACUGGGGAGGAGGUUCCUUUUGAAACAAAAUGCUGUUCAGUUAGUAACCAAGUUACUUUGAUUUCAAAAGCAGCUGUGUUUCUGAUGAGUACUGAACAAAUGUGUGUAAUUUUCUGUGCCAGACUUACACUUUGUUUUCAAGCACUGCAAUGUGGGAUGGAUGGUUAGAAACAAUAAUAUAUUAGGGUUUCUGUUUAACCCUUUCAGGACUGAACUGUAUCUCCUUUUGUUAAUUUCCCCGUGUCGUGAUAAAUGUUUGCCAGCAUUCAGUACUGUGUUGGUCCAGAUGUAGGUUUAUAUGCUCAUUUUUAGCUUAUUUCUUGUACCUUGCAGCAUGCUCUACGCAUUCAGUCCUUAAGGGGUUUAUCUUACAAACUGUGCGCCUGUAAGGUUUAUUAGCAAUAAGAUAGAAAAUCGAGCAAGUUUAUACCAUAAUUUUGUAGAAAAAAAAGAAUCUGCUCAGUUCCAUAUUUCAUCCAUGAAAAACUUGCAAUAUGAGCAGUUUCAAGGAAUAAAUAAAAAGGAAAUGUAAACCAUU